CCUCGAUCGGACUUCACCAGGCGAUACGCCUCCCUACUUGAGGUCAUUUCGAACUUGAGGCAGCUGUUCUGACGCUUCAGGGGGUGACGUUUUGGUCAAAACGGUAUAGCUACAAUUUGUGCGCGCUCUCACUGUAGGGGCACUGUAGGGGGCACAUCGGCCCGCACACUUGAAUGAUGAACCUUGGAACCGCCAGUCCAUCCGGAUGAUCCCGAUGCCAUUCCAGUGACGUCCUCCCGGCUUCCUGCUGCAAACAGUUCUGAUAUGCUUCUUUUCCAGCAGAUGCUACGUUAGCUACAUACGAAGCAGCUAUCAACCACCAUGGCUUCCAUGCAGCUACUUCAAUUUGUGCUGUCUGCCGCGCUGCUUUUCUCCUCAUCAUGUGCACAGCAGCUGAACCCACCUGCCAUUUUUUUGGCAAAUGCCACAGUCCUUCCUGCUGCAGACAGCACUAAUGCUUCUCUUCCGUCAAAUGCUAUUUUGACCAUUUACAGAGCAGUGCGGUCUCAGAAUCUAGGGCUUCUGGGUGCACUAUUAAAUGUUAAUAUAAGUGGGUUGGCAAACUAUCUGGCACUUGAUGUUCAGUUGGUGCUUCGCAAUACAACAGCCCCGAUCACGUUGUCCAAUGUCACCACUCUCCUUUCUUUCUUUGCCCUCCUUACACCGCCAGCGGGCUCCAAUGUAACUGUGAACAAUGUCUCGGAGCUCUACUUCUACUUCAUUGACAGCACAAACGUACUGACUGUCUCGCAAGUAACAGCUGGACAGCUUGGCAACGUCUUCCUCACCAGCUUCUGGCAACUGCUCAACAGCACCACCUCUCCCAACGGUACCUGGACUGUCGCCUAUGUCAGCAUCACUCCCGCUCCGAGCGGUCCCUUCAUCCCUCAAACCACCCCAGUCUUCGCGGCCACCCCUAAUGUCACCAUUUGGAGCACCAUCGGUAGUGGCAUGGCCACUUUCGUGAAUACCAGCAUCCCUGCAAAUGUCACUAUUGAAGCGAAUGUCAUUGUUGCCUCAAUUGGUCUCCAAGCAGCCCUCAGCGAUGGCAAUCUGAGCCCUGCAAAUGUGGCCAACCAGUACUUCGCCCCCUUCUUCCGAGUGGUGCUGCCAACCCUCCCAAGCCCUACAUUGCUCAAUCUGACAGACCCCAUCAUAAUUACUUUCUUCGACUUGCUGCGCGGCCGCAACGCAACCGGCAAUGCUUCUCCGCAGACCGUCGUCUCGUACAAGCAGUUGAACAUCCAGUCGGCUAUCUUGACAACCCUGGUGCCUGCUCUCCCUUCGAUUGGUGACGUAUAUGUCAUACAGCUAUGGCAGCCUUCUCCACGUUUGGGCAAUACGUCUGAAACGUCAGAUUCGGGUCUGGGGUUGGGGACCACUGUUGGCAUCUCGUUGGGAGCAACGGCAGUCGUCUUGGGUGGUUUGCUGGUAGGUGCGUGGAUAUUUCCGUCUAGGAGGAAGAGGAGGCACGAGCCGCCAGGAUUGCCACCGGUCACAGACCACGACACCGAAAAGGACGCCGCUGUCGAAAGGGGUGUUGGCAAGGUCUCUGCAAAACCUAGGCAGGCCUCCGCAACUGCCCAAGCACACGAAGCGACUCUGGGGCUCAUACGCGUUUUCACCAUUCGAGAACUCCGGAAAGCAACCGCAGGCUUCUCGGAAACGACGUUGCUAGGAGCUGGCGCCUUCGGUCGGGUGUAUAGAGGCACCUUCGCUGAUGGAAGCUUUUUGGCCGUCAAAGAGUUGAGGAAGGGAAGAGGGGGGUUAGGUCAGCAAGAGUUCUUGACAGAGCUAGCAACCAUUGCUCGUGUAAGGCACCGGAAUUUGGUGGCGCUCCGAGGUUACUGCAUCUCGCCUAAGGCGUUCUACCUCGUCCUGGACUAUGCCCCGAACGGGAAUCUGUCGUCCGCUCUGAGCAGUGGCUCUAGCACGGCCCUCACCUGGAGUCAACGUCUCGUUAUUGCAACGGGUUCAGCACGCGGCCUUUCGUACCUCCACAACGAUAUGGCGCCUUCAAUUCUGCACCGUGACAUCAAGUCGGCCAACAUCCUUCUGGACCAGAAUAUGGAACCGCUUGUAGCCGACUUCGGGCUAGCGAAGCUUUUGGACGAGGGCAAAACACACCACAGCACAAACGUACGCGGCACGUAUGGUCAUGUGGCCCCGGAGUACGCUCUUUACGGCCAGGUCACGAAGAAGAGUGACGUGUACAGUUUCGGCGUCGUCUUGUUGGAGCUGCUCACGGGUCGCCGCGCCGUUGAGACAAUGCCAGACGGGGGGCGCUCCAACCUCGUAGAUGCGGUGGCCCGCCAGUACCAUCGACCUCUGGUUGUGUUGGACCCCCGGCUUCGCGGCCAAUUUCCAGAGCAAGCGUCAGCGCAAUUGGUCGUUUUGGCCGUUGCGUGUACUGCUCGAGAGGAGGCCCACCGACCGCACAUGUCGCACGUGUUGCGGGAGUUGGAUGACAUUAGCCAGACUCGAGAGUCGAACAUCGAAAAUUACGAGGAGAUAGGAAGGGAGAGUCGUGAGGAUUGGUUCGGGCCUGCAGCGCGGGCGAGCGAUGCUCCCGGGUACUCAAGUACCUCGACUGAUUCGUGGAACCGGCAGAGCAGGUCAAGCGGGUCUGGCGGGCAAAUGGACAGCAUGACGUAUCGAAUGUCAAUGAUGAGUCAAGGAAGGUGAGUGUUUAGACAGGAACUUUCUUUCUUUCCUUUUUAGGGCAUGGUAAACUUACAUCAGACGAAACGACUAAGGGACGGCCAGGGAUCUGAGAAUGGCACAGCACCAUGCAGAUUGGAUGCUCAAGAACAGGGCCUCAGUGAGAGGCAAGCUUCACAAAAUCCAGCUCACGAAUCCUAGUAAUGCGUCCCAGACCUGGCGUAUAAUGAGCACAACGUGCGAGCACAUUCCUUGUCGAGCACGUUCCUUGACAACGACCGGAACUUGACUUUGGCCAGACGAGUCGAACCCAAACUCUGUGCAAGAAGAAUCUAGCAUCACGGACUUGUGCCCUAUCAGUCAGACGUCUUGUGGAUGGGCAUGCCUACUUAAUAAUGUUCGAUGAAAAUUUCGUAUUCGCUUGAGAAGCUGCACCCAAGAAGCUCGGUGACUGAGACAGAAUAGAAGCGGCAGGUUCACAUACAACGUAGCUUCCAUGGAAGUUGGUAACACCGUCGUUAAUGCGGAUUGAUCACACCCGGCCACCACCCAACCUCAAGAAGCUAAGAAGAGGUAAAACACGAACAUGCAGUGCGGAAAGUGUAGAGGUAAUUCAGCGACGGGCCAUUCUGCUCUCAAUCGGAAUAGACACGGACUUCAAUGCUGAAAUGCUUUCAUCUGC